AUGGCGUUGAGCUCAGCUACUCAUAGACUUACCUCCUUGUCGUUCUCGGCGAAGAAGAAGACGAAUCGAAAUCCACCUCUCUCCUUCGCCAUCACUUGCUCAUCCUCCUAUGACGAAUCACCUAAACCUUCUUCACUCGCCUCCUCUUCUUCUUCUACUCCACCAAUUCGCGUCUCCUCGAGCUCUGUCCCCAAAGCUCGAUUCGUCUCUCGCCACAAACAGUCCGUCUCCGUUCGCCAGCUCCAGCGACCUCUAAUCGAGUAUAUGAGCUUACCUGCAAGUCAGUACUCGGUGCUUGAUGCGGAGAGGAUUGAGAGAAUUGAUGAUAACACGUUCAGAUGCUAUGUUUACACGUUCAAGUUCUUCAACUUUGAAGUCUGCCCUGUUUUGCUUGUCAGGGUCGAAGAACAGCCUAACGGCUGCUGCAUCAAGCUCUUGUCCUGCAAGCUUGAGGGAUCUCCUGUUGUGGUUGCUCAAAAUGACAAAUUUGAUGCUUCUAUGGUGAACCGGGUAUCAUGUGAUAGCACUGAGGAGGGCUCAUCAGAGCAACAAAUUACUUCAGAUGCAGUCAUUGAGGUCAAUAUCGAGAUUCCUUUUGCGUUUAGAGUCUUCCCAGUGGGAGCUAUAGAGGCGACGGGAACACAAGUUCUUGAUCAAAUUCUUAGACUCAUGCUACCACGGUUUCUGUCUCAGCUCUCGAAAGACUAUCAAGCAUGGGCUUCUGGAGACACUUCAAGGCAACCUCUUGGUACCGGCGAGAUCUGA